GCUAAACCGCUGAGCCACCCAGGGAUCCCCAGAUGUGAACUCGUUCUUAUCCUAGAAUUGUACCAGGCCCAAAGCAGAGGCUCAGGACUUUGGGGACGAAUGAUGGCAGAAAUUGGGUAUGUGGCAGUGUGGUUGGAGGAGAAAGCUGAGUGGUUUAUAGGCAGCUGUCUUCCUCAGGGGCACGUCCACUUGAGCUGUAGGUCUGCUAAGGCCCCGGAUGGACUGUCCUAAAUCCACUGGUCCCACGAUGGGCUCUCAUCUCCCAGACCUUGAAGAUGGUCACCUGGCUUAUUGUUAGCCUAAGGUUUACUGUAGCUGAAGUCAGACUCCAUCUGAAUUUCCGCGUGUGUUCAUCUGCUCGGCAACCACUGGAGGGCCGGCCCCUUGCCAGGCACUGUUUUAGGGACUUGGAAUAAGCAGUGAACAAAACAUUGAAAAAUCUGGGUGCUCGCCUGCUAGAAAGUUGUACCAAAUCCUCCUCCUACCUGGCAUAACCCAGCAAGUAUGGAUACAGAGAAUGUUACGAUGAACUCACCCGCUGCUGUUCCCAGAGAGACUUGCUGUUCAUUUCUGUAUCCACCGAGUGGUGGUCAGGCACCCGCUCUGUGCCUCUGGGGUCACCCGUGAGCAUGCAGGGCAGGGAGCUGCUCCAUCUCACCAGGAGGCUUCUGGGGCAAAGGCUGUUUGAAAAGCUGAUGAAGAUGACCUUCUACGGGCAGUUUGUGGCCGGCGAGGACCAGGAGUCCAUCCGGCCCGUGAUCCAGCACAACAGGGCAUUCGGAGUGGGCUCCAUCUUGGACUAUGGGGUGGAGGAGGAUCUGAGCCCCGAGGAGGCCGAGCGCAAGGAGAUGGAGUCCUGUACAUCGGCUGUCGAGAGGGAGGGCAGUGGUACGAGUAAGAGGGAGAGGCAGUACCAGGCCCACCCGGCCUUCGGAGACCGCAGGGACGGUGUCAUCAGUGCCCGCACCUACUUCUAUGCCAGUGAAGCCAAGUGUGACAGCCACAUGGAGACGUUCCUGCGCUGCAUCGAGGCCUCAGGCGGAGCCAGUGAUGAUGGCUUCUCAGCCAUCAAGCUCACUGCGCUGGGGAGACCUCAGUUUCUGCUGCAGUUCUCAGACGUGCUGACCAAGUGGAGACGAUUCUUUCACCAAAUGGCUGCAGAGCAAGGGAAGACUGGUCUGGCUGCCAUGGAUACCAAGUUGGAGGUGGCUGUGCUACAGGAAAGUGUGGCAAAGAUGGGCAUCGCCUCCAGGACGGAGAUUGAGAACUGGUUCACUGCGGAGACCCUGGGCGUGUCUGGCUUCUCCCGCAGCACCCUGGACCUGCUGGACUGGAACAGCCUCAUCGACAGCAGGACCGAGCUCUCCAAGCACCUGGUGGUUCCUAACAUGCAGACAGGACAGCUGGAGCCUCUGCUGUCACGGUUUACUGAGGAGGAAGAGCUGCAGAUGACGAGGAUGCUGCAGAGGAUGGACAUCCUGGCCAAGAAAGCUGCCGAGAUGGGCGUGCGGCUGAUGGUGGACGCCGAGCAGACGUACUUCCAGCCGGCCAUCAGCCGCCUGACGCUGGAAAUGCAGCGCAAGUUCAACGUGGAGAAGCCGCUCAUAUUCAACACGUACCAGUGCUACCUCAAGGACGCCUAUGACAACGUCACCCUGGACGUGGAGCUGGCUCGCCGUGAAGGCUGGUGCUUUGGGGCCAAGCUAGUGCGUGGUGCCUACAUGGCCCAGGAACGUACCCGUGCCGCAGAGAUCGGCUACGAGGACCCCAUCAACCCUACGUACGAGGCCACCAAUGCCAUGUACCACAGGUGCCUCAACUAUGUCCUGGAGGAGCUGAAGCACAACAGCAAGGCCAAAGUGAUGGUGGCCUCCCACAAUGAAGACACGGUUCACUUCACGCUGCGCAGGAUGGAGGAGCUUGGCCUGUACCCUGCCGAUCGCCAGGUGUACUUUGGACAGCUACUGGGCAUGUGUGACCAGAUCAGCUUCCCACUAGGCCAGGCCGGGUUUCCUGUGUACAAGUAUGUGCCUUAUGGCCCUGUGAUGGAUGUGCUGCCCUACCUAUCCCGGCGUGCCCUGGAGAACAGCAGCGUCAUGAAGGGCGCCUGGCGGGAGCGGCAGCUGCUGUGGCAGGAGCUCAAGCGGAGGAUCCGCACAGGCAGCCUCUUCCACCGUCCAGCCUAGCGUUCGUGGGCAACUGGCGUCACCCACCUUCAGACUUGACCUCCAGCCCUUCCCAGGGCCCCCAGCCCAAUGCCAUAGCCUUAGCCCAACCCCAGCCUCACGUGGAUUCACCUUUUUAUGCCCAAGACUGUGAGACCUGCUGGAAGUGGCCUCCAUGCUCUUGCUCGGGAUGUGGGCACGCAAGGGGGUUCUGGUGCCUGCCAGAGCUACUGCGAACUGUCAGGAAGGAGUGCCUUUCCACAGUGAGCAUGACCCUUCUCUCUGCCUGCUCCCAUGAACCUGGACCCCAAGGACCACCCUGUAAGCCAGGGUUCACCCAGCCCACACCCUAAGCCCCACAGGUGGGCAGCUGCCAGGCUAGGAAGCUGACCAGGUCAAUAAACCAGUACUGCUGCAGCCCUCAGCUUCA